UCCAGCCUGGCCUUGAAUGCCUCCAGGGCUGGGGCAUCCACAACCUCCUUGGGCAGAAUCACCUCCCUGUACAUGCUGGUCACGCUUCCCUUGAUACAAUCAGGACAUGGUUGGCCUUCUGGGCUGCAGGAAGUCAUAUCAUAUGAUAUGUCAUGAUAUCAUAGUCAGCUCAUAUGAAGCCUUUCACCAAGUGACACCCCCAAAUCCUUCUCAGGGCUGCUCUGAAGUCAUACUUCCCAAACCUACACCUAUGUUUGGGAUUGCCCCGACCCAGGUGCAGCACCUUACAUUUGGCCUUGUUGAACUUCAUGAGGUUGGCAUGGGCCCACCUGUCAAGCUUGUCCAGGACCCUCUGGAUAGCAUCCCAUCCCUCGAGUAUGUCAACUGCACCACUCAGCUGUGUGUCACUGCAAACGUGCUGAGGAUGCCCUUGAUCCCACUGCCCAUGACCCCUACAAAGAUGUUAAAUAACACUGGUCCCAGCACUGAUCCCUGAGGAACGCUACCAUCACCAGUCUCCACUUUGAUACUGAGCUGCUGACCACAGUGUACACGUACAUGAAAGCACAGCUCAGACUGAAGAGAUAGAGAAACCUGGCUCUCCCCAUGGCACGUGACUCCAUUUCCUCAGCUAAAUACCUCUGGAUAGAGUCUUGAAUAGAACAAGAAGCGAGAAGUUUUACUUGUUCUCCAUGUGGGCAUCUGCUUUCACUUCACUUGGCCGAAGAGACUUCUCAGCCGGCUCCAAGAGGGUGCCCUCAGAUGUCACCCUGACUCCAGGAAUUACUCCAUUAGAGCUUGCCAAUACCUGCAAAUCUCUUGGACCUGAGAUGUCACUGGGUCUUUGCUUCUCAACAACGCUCUGCUACUCUCCGUCUCCAUUAUUUACCAUGAGAGCUUAAACCAGAGCAUUUGUUGCAUGCUUGAGCAGAGGCAGGAUGAGUGCACACACAUGGUGAGUAUGGAAGGAGCUGAGAGCCCUUCCAUCCCAUCGCUACAGACCUAGAAUGAGACAGAUGCCUCGGCUGACUCAGCUGAGUCAUUUCCUUCUGCUUGGGCUCCUGUGACCCCUGCCUGUCACUGCCAGGUGACCUGUCUGUGUUGGGAGAAGGGUAAGGUUAUUCUCACACCUAACUCUGUCUCUGACAGCAGAAAUGACAUUGCUGGGAAGGAGAGUCUCAGCACAGCAGAGGGAGGAACAUCAGGGACUCCUUCAGUGUUUUUCCAUGCAUCUUCCUGAGGAGCCACAGACUUCUGCAGGGAGCACAGAAGGACAGAGAAAGGGAGCCCUUGGGAUGUACCUCUGCUGCUGAGCUGGGCUGGGCUCCUGGGAUGCAGGCAGCUCAUACAGCUGCUGGUACACGAGCAGCUCCUCUCCACAGUGCAGCAGGGCUGGGGAAACGCCUGCAGCCGACAGAGAGGAGAAAGAAGGGAGAGAUGCAUGAUGUGAUGCAUAGAGAAGGAGAAGCUGAGAGUUCACUUGGAGGAGCAAUGCUCACAGACCUUAGCACAGUUCCAGUGCCCACAGGCAGCAGAUGCCCAACAGCAGCUCCAUCAGCGAGUUCCUCCUGCUGGCGUUGGCAGACACGCGGCAGCUGCAGCUCCUGCACUUCUGGCUCUUGCUGGGCAUCUACCUGGCUGCCCUCCUGGGCAACGGCCUCAUCAGCACAGCUGUAGCCUGCCACCACCACCUGCACAGCCCCAUGUACCUCUUCCUCCUCAACCUUGCCCUCCUCGACCUGGGCUGCAUCUCCACCACUCUGCCCAAAGCCAUGGCCAAUGCCCUCUGGGGCACCAGGGACAUCUCCUAUGCUGCAUGUGCUGCACAGUGCUUUCUGUUUGUCUUUCUCAUCUCAGCAGAAUAUUCCAUCCUCACCAUCAUGUCCUAUGACCGCUACGUUGCCAUCUGCAAGCCCCUGCACUACGGGACCCUGCUGGGCAGCAGAGCUUGUGCCACCAUGGCAGCAGCUGCCUGGGGCACUAUGUUUGUAUAUGCUGUGCUGCACACUGCCAACACAUUUUCACUGCCACUCUGCCGAGGCAGUGCUGUGGAUCAGUUCUUCUGUGAAAUCCCCCAGAUCCUCAGGCUGUCCUGCUCUCAAUCCUACCUCAGAGAAAUUUGGGUUGUUGUGAUUGGUGUCUCUUUGGCAUUUGGGUGUUUUGUUUUCAUUCUUUUCUCCUACGUGCAGAUUUUCAGGGCUGUGCUGAGGAUGCCCUCUGAGCAGGGACGGCACAAAGCCUUCUCCACGUGCCUCCCUCACCUGGCUGUGGUCUCCCUGUUUGUCACCACUGCUUUUUUUGCCUACCUGAAGCCUCCCUCCAUCUCCUCCCCACCCCUGGACCUGGUGCUGACAGUUCUGUACUCGGUGGUGCCUCCAGCAGUGAACCCCCUCAUCUACAGCGUGAGGAACCAGGAGCUCAGGUGUGCUCUUAGAAAAGUGAUUUCACAGGUGUUUCUUAAUAAAUUCCCCUUCUUUCUCCACAGAUAACCUCCUUCUUAUAACCUGACAGGCCUGAUCUUUUUUUUUGUUUUCAUUACUGAUAUUUUUAUAUUUAGUGUCAUUAGCUUUUCUUAAUUUCUUGGAGGAAUGCCUUCAUCCCACUUCUCGUGUGCUAUGAAACCACUCUGCUAACUCCUUGGAGUCCUCAAGUCCUCAAACACAACGUCAGUGUUGACUCUCUUCACAAAUGCUUUAUUCAAUUGGAUCUCCACAAUGCAGUGCCUCAAGACUUGGCUCUUCUUCCAGAGACACUGCCAAGAACGAGACUGAUUCACUGCACACCAAAAGGCCUGUUGCUCCACAGAUUUGGGACAGAAAUAGGCUCACUGUAAGAUCAGGAUUUGGGCUCACUGUAAGAUCAGGAUUUAGGAGCAAACUCUUGGAUUAAGUGAAUAUUAGUAUUUUAGGAAACUUUCAGACGAGCGGCGUUGAUCUCUUCACAUCCAUCCCCUGCUCUGCCCAGCUGUUGCUGGCCCCUUUCCCUUGCUACCUGCAGCUCGGUGGGAAGGAGAUCCGUCUGCUGCAAAUUCCCUUCCCCAAGGUCCAUUGCUGUAUUGGGUGCUCAGAAAUAUUAGGGAACACUUCCAAGGACUCUAGAGGAAUCCAGAUGUCUUUCUAAAUCCAGAAGGUGAAACUUCUUUGAGGAGUACAGGAAUAUCCCCUGUGCAUGCUUUCCCCCUGCAGAAUCUCCCAGGAGUGCAUAAUCCUUGUUUUCCUGUGGAUACAUGGAUACUGUGUGUGACUCCAUCCUCAGUGAUCUUUCACUCUGUGGAGGCUCCAGCCCUGCGCACAUGCUGUGACUGAGAACACCAGGGCUCUGCUGGCAGCGUGGCAUUCCUCUCCUGGAGGAUGGUCUCUGCCCUGCCACGUGUGGGACAGCCAUGGGGUUGUACCCCAGUGACCAUUCAUCAUCAGGCACCAAGUUAAUACCUGGAGUGUGGGUAUCCCAGAAGAAGCUCACGGUGCAGAGCCAGAAGUCCAUGGUUUCCGGUGCUCUACCAUGCAUGGGAAGUGCCUGCAGAAGGACUGAUGCCUUCUACUUCCCACUUAUUAAAGCGACUUGUUCUCCCCAAAUGGUUGCAAAAAAGAAAGGCUGGGAGCCUCCGUCAUGAUUUGCAUGUAUGGAAACACGACUCAGAGUUUACUGCUGUUCUGCAGUCCAUGCCCAGCACAUACACUUUAAGGGGACACUUUUCCUCCAAGCUGUGUGCUGGAGCCUGGAGAAGGGAAGGCUGAAGGGGAUCUCACUGCAGCCUGACAGAACCGACGAGGAGAUGGCGAGCACAGAGCCAUGUCCUUCCCCAUGGUGCAUGUUGGGAGAUAAAAGAGAAUGUGUGGAAGGUGAAAGAGGAGAAGUUCAGCCUGCACUGAAUAAAACACUCUUAUAAAACACUUUUUUCACCGUGAACUAAGACAAGACCUGGGACCGCUCACACAGCAAUCUCUGCAGCCUCCACUUGUGGAAGGACGCAAAGUCAGCAGGAUCAAGCCUAGAACAACUCAAUCUCACCCCGUUUCUGACAGGAUGGACUGCAGACCUCUGAGUUCCUUUCCAGUCUGGGUUAUCUCGUGAUCCUACGACCUCAGAGUCUACUGCUGAUGGGAAGCGAGCAGAUGUUUAGAGGGCGUGAAAGCUUUGUGAUGCCUGUUAGCACCUAAAAGAAGAACUAAAUCCAUGAAGAGCGGUCAGCACCUCACUGUGCCUCAUUCUGUGCAAAGGAUGAAGGAUGUUGCGGAUAAUCUGGGCAGGGAAAGCUUGGGGCGUAUCAGGCAGUAUGCCUUUUUUUUUAAUUGUUUUUGUAAACUUUAGAUACGAAGGACAUUAAUGAAUGUAAAUAUAAUUGUAACAAAUUAUUGAAGGCAAAGACUUAAAGAAAAUGCAUCAUCACACUUUUCAGCUCACAGAAUGCUUCAGAGCCUUUUUAAUGUGGGUUUGUUUGGUUCAGAAUACAAGUCUUUGGGAUAAUCUCAUGUCUUUAUUUUGUUGUUGUUUGGAGGACACAAAUGCCUUCAGGGCUUUGAUUACUGCUCUGGCCCUGCUGUGUAUUUGAUCUCCCUCACCCUCCAGGCGUUUCUGGCUUUCCUGAAUAAAUGAUGGUGCCUAAGGGCAUCUUUUCAGCAGAUGAGGUGGAUAUGUCCUCUUCCCCCCACUCUCCAGAUUUCCCAUCCAUUCCUCUUUGUAUAUUCACAUACUUCCCAAAUACCUGGCUGUUCUAUCAGCUUCGUGAAGUCAGAAGCUUGUCCCAUCUCUCAAAAGUCUAACAAACCCUCCAGUCAACUGCUUAACUGUGUUUUUAUCUAUCCAUUCCCAUUCUCUGUCUAGCACAUUUUUUGUACAAAUAUUCCCUUUGGAUGGUAGACCUCCUUAGAUGCAGCUUGGACAUGGAAUCCAGUUGAGGAGAGUGUUUCACUGUUAAUUCAGUUGCAUCAUGUUUCCUUCUGUUUGUAGGCAAUGUGGAGAAAUCUUUCUUUGCUCAUUGUGCAGCUGGUUCUCUGAGAAAUCAGGUGGAAGCAGAAACAAAGGAGAAUAAUACUGAGCUGCAGGAGAAGAGCAGUGUGAGGACUCAUUAGGGGACCCACUGGAUCAAUACUGAUUAAUAAGUUCUGCUUUACCUCCUUGUUUAAGCCGGAGAAAACGUAAAUAAAUAAAUAGAUGUUUUAAAUGCCUAUUGGAGCCUUGCUCUUUAAGCCCACUCCUGGUAGCUCUCCAGUAGCUGUACAGGUUCUGAAGAGCUGAGGAAGAGAACAGGAAGGGACAAAGCACAUGAGGGCUCUCCAGGUUGUAAUGGGUCCUAUGGGGCAUUCGGUGCUGAGCCCAUCAGCCUCCAGGGCUGAGAGAAGAAGGCACAAAGUGCUCAAGAAAACAUCAGAAGGAAGUUUUUGUAGAAUUAAUGGGUCCCACUGAGAGCACAGCCAGCACAGCCAGGGAACUCAUUAGAGCAGACAAUUGGAAGCCGUGAUUACAGAGAGACAAAGGCACUGUGCUGGUGGCUCUGAUGCUGAGAAAAGCUCUCCUUUGUUUCAUGAAGCACAAAGGCUCUGAUCCCCAGGCCGCUGGAAGGAGAUCCUGUCCUUCAUGCUGGCUCAGCACUGCUCCUGGGGCAGUGUCAGCCUGUGCAUGGGCUGCAAGGAGGCCACGAGGCCCAUGAGGACAACGUGUCCCCUCCCAGGCCUCUGUACCACAGACAACAUCACAGCCAACAAAAUGCUCUUGUAGCCCAGAAGGCCAACAGUAUCCUGGGAUGCGUCUAAAGAGGGGUGGCAGCAGGGAGAGGGAGAGGACUGGCCUCCUCCACACAACAGUGUGAGACCCCAAGCUGGGGACUCCCAACAUGGCAAGGAUGCAGAGCUGUUGGAGCAGGUCCAGGGAAGGGCAAAAAAGGGGAUUAAAGGGCUGGAGAACCCUUUGAAGAAAGGCUGAAGGAGUUGGGCUUGUUCAGCCUGGAAAAGAUGAGGCUGUGGGGAGACCUCAGUGCAGCCCUGCCAGACCUGAAGGGGUUUACAUGGUCUGACUGUGACAGGACAAAGGGAAAUGGCUUUAAACUUAAAGAGAGGAGAUUCAGGUAAGAUGUUAGGAAGAAAGCUUUUUCUCACAGGGUGGGGAGGCUGUGGAACAGGUUGCCUUGACAAACUCCCCUCAGAUGUUUUUUCACAUGAUGUCAAAAGGUAUGAAAUAUCUCUUUGGCCAGUUUAGGUCAGCUGCCUUGGUUCUACUCCCUGCCACCUCCUUGUGCCCCUCUGAGACCCUUUGCUGGCAGGACAGUGUGAGAAGCAGAGCAAACUGAAACGUCUUUUCCUCUGUACAGAACUGCUCAGAAAAAAAAAAAAA